AUGAGGUUCACUUCAUCAAAGAUCCUGUGUGCUCAUAUUAUGCUGUGGUUCUCGAUUUUCUCGGCAUGUAUCGUCGGAGCUUCAACCCAAACGAUAAAGGAGUUCCGCAGGAAGUACACCGCGGAUUAUAUCAUCCGAGACUCCGAUCACAUAAGAGAAGACCUCAAGUAUCUCAUCGACGUUCAAAGCUCUGGCUCAAUGACUGAUACGGAGGCUUCAUUUUAUGUCAUAAAAAUGCAUGACUUCGACGACAACAACCUCCUGGACGGUCUCGAGCUGAUACAGAUGGUGUCACAUUCCGCUACACUUCACGAAGACGCGGGAAAAAUCACCAUCGACUUCAUAACGGCGUCUGUCGAUGCUUUCCUCAUGUACGACGAGAAUCAAGACGGCUUCGUUAGUUAUGCGGAGUGGGCAUCGAGUCUUCUGAGGACGAGAGCGCGCAAUCGACGAAACUGA